CUAUGUUACUAAUGUUAUUCGAUUGUGUAUUUGUCAUUUGUCAUUUGCACGUGUUAUAUGUAUGAAUUAAAAAUAUAGGUUAAAUCAAAUAUUUUUAAUACAGUUAUUAAUAAAUACUUAGUUAAGAUGGUUAAAUCAAAGCAAACAGUGUCAAAUGAACCGAAAGCCACGAAGGUUGAUUUUAGUGAACCAAAACUUUAUUUUAGGAAAUUAAUAAAAGAAUCACAUUCCACAGUACCAAGAGGAAAACCAAAAUCCGGUAGAAUUUGGAAGUCUGAACGAAAGAAAUUCUCGUCUGUAAUAAAAACAAGAGGUAUCAAAAGCUCAUUUGAGAAAAAACAGGAAUUGAGGCAAAAGUUGAAACAAAUAAAAGAAUUGUCAAAUGCUAUAAAAGCAGAAAAAGAGGAAGAGAAAGAAAAGAAAAAAGAAAGAAGGAGAGCUAAUUUGAAACGUCAAGAAGAAAACAGAUUGAAAUCUGAAGUUGUACAAGUAAUUACUAAUACAAAGAAAUUGAAGAAGGCCAAAAAGAAACACUUGAGAAAUAUUGAAAAGAGGGAUACCACAGUUGUAUCAAAGUAAACAGUUUCAAAUUUGAUUUAAAUUUUGUACUUUUUUGUGAUUGAAUUUAAUGUCAUUAAAAGUAAAAGUUUAUAAAAUAGAAUGGUACUAAAUUUUUCUUACUCUUGGAACUUAUGUGAUUAGGAAAUCUUGUAUAACCAAUAAAUAUUUGAAACAAUA